GUUUGAUGAUUUUUACUGAAAAACAACUGUUGGUUGAGCAAGAAAAUAUUCAUUUCAAGUCAUGUUUCCAAAUAGAACAUUCUCUAUCUGGAACAUGAUGUGGACGGGUUUGUGCUUAAUCUUUCUCAAGUUUAUGAGCGCUUAUGGAUGUGGGAUCGUUCAAAAACUGACUGGUCAUGAGAUUGUCGCACCGAUGGAAAAUAUAAGAGGCGAAAACAUGGCAUACCACGGAACUAUCGGAAUAGGAACGCCACCUCAAAAAAUAAAUGUCGUCUUCGAUACAGGAUCAGUUGAUCUACUUGUGAUAAAAGAGGGCUUCACAGCUCCUCCUGACGCUAUGAACCCCGUAGGUUUCGCCCCUAAAACAUAUGACCCUGCCCAAAGUCAAACCUAUGAAGAACUUCCUGAAGAGCUCCCAAUAAAAAAUAUUUAUGGGCGCGGUACACAACGAAAUGGCUACUUGGCAUCAGAUGUUGUAACGAUCGGGGAUGGAGAAAACAAAAUCCAAUUCAAAACCUUGGUCGGUGUUGCAAACGAAGUACAUGAGGACAAUGCUUUGGCACCAGACGCUGUCUUCGGUCUCGGGUUCACCAUGGGAAGUGGAGGGCUUAAAUCGAAAAUUAUAUCACCCUUGGAAGCUAUUAUCUCACAGACUGAAGUGUGUGGAGCAGUAAGCUUUUAUUUCGAGAGAAUUGAAUAUGAUACGGAUCUUGAACGGACCUCAUAUCCUAUGGGUGGGGAGAUGUUUUUUGGUGGGUACAACAAAAAAUAUCUGAAGGAUCCAAAUAACAUUAUCACAGCCAAGGUUCCAAAAGCCAAGUUACAGUAUGGUAUGUUUUAUGGAUAUUGGGAGGUUACCACGACAGGGUUAUACGUUGGAAACAAUCUUGUGAGUAAUCAAUACAACGUCGUACUGCUGGAUACAGGAUUUUCACUGAUUGAAGUUCCAUACGGUUCGAUGAGUAGACUGAAAGGAAUGAUAUUUGGGAAUGAUCAAAGAUUUUCAGAAAUCACCAGUCAGAAAUCUUUUGAUUGUUCUAUGCUACCAGAUACACUGCCAAACUUUGCGAUUAGAAUCGUAGAUAAACAAGAACAGCUACGGGAUCUUGUUUUGGAGCCGAAAGACUACAUUCACUCUACCAAAGAUCAUCAAAAAUGUUUCUGGAAGUUUUAUGAAGGGAUACCACAAAAGAGUAAUUUCAAACUUGGUGUGGCUUUCAUGCAUAAGUACUACACCUUAUUUGAUUUUGAAAACAAGGAGAUAUCAUUUGCGUUGGCGAAUCAAGCGGUCACUGAUGCAAAACCAAGUCAACCUGGCCCGAUUGCAAAAACAACUCGAGACCCAGCAGAGCAGUUCAGAAACGCAUUCGCAGGCCUUGGGGACCUUGGGGGCAAUUUUAUGAUGGGCAAAUAAUUGUUUCAGUUUGACGUUGUCAGUCUCCCAAAAAGUAUGUAAGACACACUUUUAAAUUCAAAUAUAAAAACUGAACACUAA